GUUCAUUCUUUUGUCAGCUACCUUUACUGCUUUUGCACGUUUUGGCGUCGGAGAUGGAAGAUUCAUCACAAGGUCUGACCGUUGGGGAAUGGACGUUUCCGCACCCGUCUACGAUCCCGGACAGUGAAUGGAAGGAUGACAUGAAGAUGUGGCCCCCAUUACAAGAAAACCAUAUCACGUAUUAUCUGCUGAAGACUAAGGCUUGUGACCUUGAGGACGUGCAGGCCUUAAAAAGUUUGGAAGCAUACAAUUACCUUGUGCCAUCCUUUGGAAGGUGGAGUUCGCGAAUCGCCACGGCCUCACAGGCAAAGUGUGUACAGACGCUAGUGCAACAUGGAAUCAAGGCACCAAAAGGAACUUGGUGCCUGGUCUCAUACAGGACAUGACCUUUAAACUAGAAAAGGAAAUGGGGAAACCAAUGCCAGCAUCUGAGAAGAUUGCUUUUAAAAAGUUCAAGACGCACGCAGAAUUUGUGAGCCAUAUGAAAUCGUCUCUUGUGUCACCGCUCUUGUCUACAAAAGGAAGCCUUCUACAUGCAGAAGUGAAUGCAAAUGUGCGUAAAUGUGUGCAUGCAGCAACGCAUCGUCCCUUUCAACGUCCUAAUCAAAAUUUGGUUCUCCUUGAGCAUGGCUCACACAAAGGCGAGCAGGACCUUUCAUGUCUGCCCUGCAGGGACUUUUAUCUCAAGUGGGUACAUACGCCAGAACCUUUUAGGAAGAAGCUGGCGCAGCUAACAGCGUGUCAAGACAGCGAGCUCUGGAACACCAGCAGGAAGCUCCGCUUAACAUCUUCUGUGAUUGCGAAAGUGCCAAAACGAAGUACAACGUCACCAGACAGUUUCUUGAACAGUGUUCUAUUUCCGCGCUUUAGUGGCAACCGAGCUACACAGCAUGGGCUACGUUGUGAGCCUCGGGCAAGAGCUGCGUUUGAGGCACGCACGGGCAAGCAUGUAACAACCUGUGGUGCAGUGGUAAGCGAAACGCAUCACUUCCUUUCUGCGAGCCCAGAUGGGCUUGUUGGGGAUCACAGCAUCUUGGAGAUCAAGUGCCCUCUGACAGAGAACUGCAUGGAGCUCAUCAGGACGACAAAUUAUGAUGUGAAAGAAAGUGAAGAGGGCAGAUACUAUUUGGCAAAAAAUGGGAAGAAUGGGUAUUACUUCCAAGUACAAUUUGCAAUGUUCUGUACUGAAAAAAGUCACUGCUACUUCUUUGUGUGGUCUGCAGCAGCAAACGUGCUUGUUGAUGUCCUCUAUGAUGCUUCAUUUAUAUGUGAACAUAUUCAUAGACUUAUAAGCUUUUAUUUUCACAAUUUUCUGCCACGACUCACAAGUGCUGUGCAUGAAGGAAAGUUACUUCUUUCUCAAGAUUACAUCGCUCUGAAGGAACAGCAAAAUAGGCUUAUUAGGCUUACAAUUAGCUGAAAUCUCUUGCAUCACUAUGUGUGUGUGUGUAGCGCUAGAGGGAUUAUGCGGGCCAUACUUCGAAAGUGAAACCUGAUAUUUAUUUUCGUAAAACUUCUAGUCAACUAGCAGUUGUGGUCAUGAUGUCGUGUGCUAUGCAGGAAAGAGCUGUUGUAUGCAUGGCAACAUCAAGAAAACUAGACACGAAAUUGAGGCAGCAUAAUCAUCUAAAACAAACAAUAAAAUUGUCCCACACAUUUAGA